AUGGAGGAGAAGCCCAGCCAGCCACAGCCUCAACACCAUCGCAGCCACCACCAACACCCGCAUCAACACCCCCAGCAGCAGCAGCAACCGCACCACCACCACCAUUAUUAUUUCUACAACCACAGCCACAACCACCACCACCACCACCACCACCACCAGCAGCCUCACCAAUACCUGCAGCAUGGAGCCGAGGGCAGCCCCAAGGCCCAGCCAAAGCCACUGAAACAUGAGCAGAAACACACCCUCCAGCAGCACCAGGAAACGCCGAAGAAGAAAACAGGCUACGGUGAACUAAAUGGAUUGCUGGAGAAAGGGAAAUAUCUUUAGAGUCUGGGUUCUGAUGAAGCUACCAACCCUAUUUCCAGGGUCCUCAGUGGCAACCAGCAAGUUGUAGACCCUAGCCUGAAGCAGACUGUAAAGGCCAGCACCUUUGGGAAAGCAAGAAUUAAAACCAAGAAUUUCAUUCAGAAAAAAAACAGUAUGGAUAAAAAGAAUGGGAAGUCUUAUGAAAACAAAUCUGGAGAGAACCAGUCUGUAGAUAAAACCGAUACUGUAGCAAUUCCAAAUGGUGUUGUAACAAAUAAUUCAGGCUAUAUUGCUAAUGGUUAUAUGGGCAAAGGAGCAGAUAAUGAUGGUAGUGGAUCGGAGAGCGGAUAUACCACUCCUAAGAAAAGAAAAGCUAGGCGCAAUAGUGCCAAGGGUUGUGAAAACCUUAAUUUAGUGCAGGAAAAAAUAAUGCAGCAAGAGAUCAGUGUCCCAACCUUAAAACAGGGACUUGAAACUUUCAAGCCUGACUAUAGUGAACAAAAGGGAAACCGCGUAGAUGGUUCCAAGCCUGUUUGGAAAUAUGAAACUGGGCCUGGAGGAACAAGUCGAGGAAAACCUGCUGUGGGUGAUAUGCUUCGGAAAAGCUCAGAUAUAAAACCUGGUGUGAGCAGCAAGAAGUUUGAUGAUCGGCCUGAAGGAAAGCAUGCCUCGGCUGUUGCCUCCAAAGAGGACUCGUGGAUCCUAUUUAAGCCACCCCCAGUUUUCCCAGUGGACAAUAGCAGUGCUAAAAUCGUUCCUAAAAUAAGUUAUGCAAGCAAAGUUAAGGGAAACCUCAACAAAACUAUACAGAACUCUGUGUCGCCAUCUUCGUCCUCACCCUCGUCAUCAUCUACUGGAGAAACUCAGACACAAUCUUCAAGUCGGUUAUCCCAGGUUCUGAAAUCUGUUCCUUCUGCCAGCUCUUCUAACAGGCCUGUUGAAGCAGGGACUGAUGCAAGUGUGUAUCCUCCAGGGGGCCAGCCCCUGCUAACUCCUGCUGCUAACACGUUAACACCCAUCUCUUCUGGGACUGAUUCGGUUCCCCAGGACGUGAGUCUAACUUCAGCAGCUGUUGAACAAACAAAGCCUAGCCUUUUUAUUUAUCCUUCAAAUAUGCAAACUGUGCUUUUAAGCACAGCACAAGUGGAUCUGCCCCCUCAGGCCGAUCAGCAAAACCUGGGGGCUACCUUCCAGAAUCAGCGGGGUCUAUCAUUUAUAAACGAGCCCAGUGCUGGCCCUGAGACCGUUAUUGGGGAGUCAGCAGCGAAAGUGGUGGAGGUGACAUUUCAAGGAGAAUCUGCCACUUUGGCUUCACAGGGAGCUGAAGUAAUCCCCUCGGGAACUGAGCAUCCUGUGUUUCCCAAGGCUUCUGAGCUGGAGAAACGGACUAGUCCUCGAGUUCUGAGUAGCAUCCUCAAAUCUGGGACCACGAAUGAGCGUGCAGCCUUAUCCUUGGAACCCAGUCAUAUAGGUGACCUGCAAAAAGCAGACACCAGUAGUCAAGGUGCUUUAGUGUUUCUCUCGAAGGUAGAAAAUCAAAAUCCUCUGGCCUCUCCUACGAACACUUUGUUGGGCUCCGCCAAAGAACAGAGAUACCAGAGAGGCCUAGAAAGGAAUGAUAGCUGGGGUUCUUUUAACCUGAGGGCUGCUAUCGUAUAUCACACUAAAGAAAUGGAAUCUAUUUGGAAUUUGCAGAAGCCAGAUCCCAAAAGGAUAAUCACUUACAACGAAGCCAUGGCUAGUCCAGAUCAAUGA